GAGUGGACAUCAUGGCUAGCGCCGCCACCUCUUCCUCGGAAGUUUAACCUUUUAGAGGGCUGGAAAAUCAAUAUUUUGGCUCACCAGGUGGACUUGCAACCUCGUGAGAAUGCGGGACCGGCUUUCGUGGUACAUGGUCUUCCUGAUUCUGCCGACAAUUUUACUGGCUCGGUCCCUCGAUAAAGAUCGACGUAUACCUUACAGUAUACCUUCGGAUUGGAGGGCACUUUGGUACAGUAAUCUCGACGAGCUACAAAGAGUCAAUGAAGCGAACGACAACAACACUGUUUCGAACGAAACAGUGCAGCUGGGUGGCACCGCCUUCUUGCACUGCGAGGUUCGCAAUUUGGGAGAGAGAACUGUCUCGGAUGCUGAGAUAUCUUGGAUCCGACGGCGCGACUGGCACGUUCUGACGAGCUCCAUGUUCACAUACACGAACGACGAGCGGUUUCAAGUGCUACAUCCGGAAGGCUCAAAUGUCUGGACACUUCAAAUCAAAUACGUUCAAGAGAGGGACAAUGGGACUUACGAAUGUCAGAUUUCAAGGAGUACGGGAAUAGUCUCGCAUUUCGUCAAUCUAAACAUAGUGAUACCAGAAGCAUUUAUAUUAGGAAGCGGUGAACAUCACGUCGACGUAGGAUCUAUCAUAAGUCUCGUAUGCAUAAUAGAAAAGAGUCCGACGCCACCGCAGUACGUGUUCUGGUAUCACAAUAGCCGGAUGAUAAACUACGACACUGCACGUGGUAGCGUCACUGUACAAACCGAUCCAGGACCAACCCAGAGCCGGCUCACCAUUCGCCAAGCGAUCGAAACGGACACGGGCAAUUACACGUGCAGUGCUUCCAACACUAAGCCUGCAUCGAUCUAUGUCUUCGUCACCGAAGGCGAUAAAAUGGCAGCGAUUCUUCGCCGGAAAACAUCAGGUGUGAAGAGGACGGCAGAAAGUUUGGUGCUAAUUCUCAUAUUAAGCAGCGCCAUUUUAGUGCGAUAAACGUUUCAUUCAAAUGUCCAUAAUUAUCAUCAUUUCUUUUAUGUGAUAGGUAGGUAUUUCACAACUACGAUCUUUUUUCACAUCGAGGUCAAAAGCAAUUGGACUGCACACUUUUCACAAAAAAAAUUUUACGAUUAUUCAAGUGUCUAUUCCGAGUGAUUAUACGCGACCCAGAUUGUGUAAAUAUUGUUAAUUGUAUAAUUACUCGGUAAAUGAGCGAUACUUAUCGAGAUGAGAUUUGGCAUUUUUAUCUCUGUGUUAAUGAAAGGUAAUUUGAAUAGUAUAAUUUUUCCUCUUUUAAUAAAAAUAUAUAAUACUGCAAUUAAAACACGGAAAUCGUUACGUGUUCUUAUUGUGAACUCGUUUUAAUCGGAUCUUUUAAUUGGCGAGCCAAUUCGAAAUUAAUGCAUGGCUUACCAAAUCCAUAUAUAACCUUUAUUGUAUAGUAAUAAUUUUUUAUAAUUAUUAAUCAAUUAUUUAAAAUA